AUGUAUUACGGUGAUCAUUUAGCCGUUGCGGAGGAGGAGAUUACCUCGCGUAAUUUCUGUUGUCUGGUUGAUGCCGCCGUUAUGUUAUACGAAGAAGUAAAAUCCAAACGCCACACCAAGACGAAGAGUCUCUCUCAAAAAGAAGAAGAAGAAGAAGAAAGAGACAAGAGAAUCUUCCAUCUCUUCCCAAGAAAAAAAAGAACUUCAGUGAAGAGAUUUGAAUCUAGAAGCUACACACAAGAAAACCCUAAUAAUGGGGCUGAAGAAUCGCGCCUCAACCUUAACACAGAAGACAUACUAAACCCACGAAACCCUAAUUCCCAAUGGUCUCUGUCUUUGUGCCUAUCGAAGAAGAAAAGCAGCAAGAGACGUGACCUGCAAGAUAGUAGUAAGCGUAGUGGUAACUCCAAGAAAUCAAAGGUUGAAACUUUUUCAUGGAAAGGGAGAGAGACACCCGAGUGGCUAACUCAGCUCAUGAAAGACACAAGCCGGACUCUAAAAUGGGGAGAGAGAACGGACUUGACGCUGAUCUUUGAGAGGACUCUGUUCAAAACAGAUGUGAAUCCAGACGAGUGCCGUCUCUCGAUGCCUUUAAACGAGCUGAUCCAAAAAGACUUCUUAACCUCUGUAGAGUCGAGAGUCAUAGAAGAAGACAUCAACAACAAGACGAAGACUGGAGUGGGAGCGAUCCUCGUGGAUCAAAGGAAUGUGAAAUGGGGUGUGAUGCUGAAAAGAUGGGAGAUGAAGAAAGAUUCAGGGAGAGGAAGCUGGAACUAUGCUUUGACUUGCGGAUGGGUCGAUAUCGUUAAGGCUAAUGGAUUGAAACAAGGAGAUGAUAUCAGUGUUUGGUCUUUCAGGUGGGGUGGUCUCCUCUGUUUUGCCCUUGUUACUCCGCCUUCUCUUCUUCCUUCCAUGGCACAAAGUAGCUCUUCACUUGCUCUCUGUGACUGUCUCUAG